AUGAACGGCCAGACCCAACCCCCCAUCUCAGCAGGCGCAAAGCUCCGCCAAAUGCUCUCCGACCCCUCCAAAACCAUCAUAGCCCCCGGUGUCUACGACGGCAUCACAGCCCGCCUGGCCUUGGAAUCCGGUGCCGAAUGCCUCUACAUGACCGGCGCAGGCACCUCCAUGUCCCGCCUCGGCAUGGCCGACCUCGGCCUCACCACCUUCACCGACAUGCACGCGCACGCCGCCAUGCUCGCGUCCCUCGACCCCUCCGUCCCCGUCAUCGCCGACGCGGACACGGGCUACGGCGGGCCGAUCAACGUCGCACAUACGGUCCGCUCGUACGCGCGCUCGGGGGUCGCGGGGCUGCAUAUUGAAGACCAGGUGCAGGAGAAGCGGUGUGGGCAUUUGAGCGGGAAAUUGCUUGUCAGUCGGGAUGUGUAUUUCAGUCGGUUGAGGGCGGCGGUUAAGGCGAGAGAUGAGAUGGGUGGGGAUAUUGUGGUGAUUGCGCGGACGGAUGCGAGGGCAGGGCGAGAUCCGGAGGGGAAUAGUGGGUUUGAUGAAGCGGUUGCGCGGUUGAAGGGAGCUGCGGAGAUCGGGGUUGAUUGCUUGUUCUUUGAGGCGCUGCAGACUGAGGAGGAGAUGGAGCAGGCGGUUGAGGCGUGUCCGAAGGUGCCGAUGAUGCUGAAUAUGGUGCAGGGAGGAAGAACGCCGCAGAUUAGUGGGGACGAGGCGAAUAAGUUGGGGUUUAGGCUGGUAAUUUGGCCUUGUUUGGGGAUGGAGGCGGUGGUGCCGGCGUAUCGGCAGGCGCUGAAGACGUUGUAUAAGACGGGCAAAGCGCCGGUGGAGCAGAAUAUGGGGCCGAAUGCGUUGUUUGAGAUUUGUGGCUUGAAGGAGUUGAUGGCUUUUGAUCGGGAUGUUGGUGGGAAGGCGUAUGAUUAG